CCAGGAAAGUUUUCAUGAGCCUUGAAUGCUGGUUGCAGACUGAUAAUUUGACUUGACAAAUUCAAAAACUACCAAAGUUCUGUUUUAGAGUUGACUAUUGGCAAAUGGCAGUUGUGAAAAGUCCUAACUCCUACAUAUGAGUGGAUAUCUCAAGUAACUAGGACUUGCACAUUCUGUUGUCGACCAAUGUGAAGAGGGGAAGAAACUGAUCAUCUUCGAUAAAUUCAAACAAACUUCAUCCACAUAUUGAAGGCCCCAUAUCAACUUGGCCAACGGGCAUCAGCACAUGGCUUUGCCUUUGGUAGUUAGUGUCAAAAACUUUAACUCCAAAUCAAAUUCUGUCUCCAGCCUCCUGUAUAAAUAAUCAUCUUUCCAUGAGCCUUUUCAUCAUCAACCACAAGCUUUAUCUACUCAGCUAUCAAAGCUCUCUAUAUUUCUUUUUAACUUUCUUGUUCUCAGUCUUCCAGAGAAAAGAACAAUGUUAAGUGCUAAGAAACUCAUCAAGAUGGCCAGGAAAUGGCAGAAGUUUGCAGCCACGCAGAGGAAGAGGAUUUCACUUCCAAGAAAUGGCGAUGAUGCAGGCAGUUGUAGUACAUCUUCAUCUUCUAUAGCCGGAAAAGGCCAAUUUGUAGUUUAUACAACUGAUCAAAGGCGCUUUGUCAUUCCAUUGGCUUACCUGGAAAAUGAGGUCAUUUUGCAACUUCUAAACAUGUCCGAAGCAGAGUUUGGGCUGCCAAGUGGUGGCCCUAUUACAUUACCAUGUGAUUCAGCAUUCAUGGAUUACAUUGUUUCACUAAUCAAGAAAGGUGCAGCUGCGGGAGAUCUUCAGAAAGCAUUGCUCCUCUCAGUUACUUCGUGUUGUUGUUCAACUUCUUCUUUGCACCAAGAAUGGGGAAACCAGCAGCUUCUUGUUUAUUGAUUCAUGAUCACAAUCUUUAGUAAUUGAUAGCUCAAAAUAGAUUGUAUAGCAGGUGAAAAGAAGGCAAUUGAAAGUGUAUAUUACAUAUGAAAUAGAACUUUAUCUGAAAUUUAGCCACAUUUAUAGCUUUUAAUCUCAAUUUUGUGAGUGAGAACUUCUAGAUUAUCAUC